AUGGGUCAACUUCGACGGAUUAUUGCGGCCGUGUCAAUGGAGUUCGGUGUCACCCUCCACAGCAUCUUCGUUGGCCUGGACAUGGGCCUCACGACGGACGCCUCGCUGAAGCCGCUGCUCGUGGCCUUGGUGUUCCAUCAGCUGUUCGAGGGCAUGGCGCUUGGCUCGCGUCUGGUGGAUGCCAAGUUUUCACUCAUACUGGACCUAGUGCUGGCGGUUACGUUCUCCGUGAGUGCACCUCUCGGGAUGUCCAUUUCAACCAUCGCGGUGAGCAUUCGGAAAGACGCCAUGGCGGGUGGUGGGUUCGCGCUGAUGCUGGGAUCUCUCAGCAGCUUCUGUGGCGGCAUUUUGCUUUACCUAGCCUUCAAUCUGCUUUUCUCGGACUUCGCGAGUGAAAUGAAGGCGCACUGCUCUGACGGUAUGCCCAGGAGGACUGCCAAGAAGGUCACGAUGUUCGUGUUCCUGUGGUUGGGCAUGCUGACAAUGGCGAUAAUCGGCAAAUGGCUAUAA